AGUGAAUUUAAUCGCCCGAACACUUCGGUUGCGAACAGACGUGUGUGUUUUUGCGGUGGUUCUAUAACAGUUUUCGGUUUUGGGACAGUGUGUCUUAUUAAGUGGUGAUACUAAGUCUUUUAACAAAUUGAUAGUGUUCGAGUGUAUGUUUCGCACUUUCACAGCUUGUCGUAAUACAGAAUCAUAAAUGCUGUCGUGCUGACUGUGAAUGCUAUACUAUCGAAUUAACAGUAAUUUAUCGGUUGUGUUAUUUCUUCGGAUAAUCAAUUAAAGUUUAAAUUGACUCGGUAUUGUCGUGUGAAUCCGUAUUGGAUGGUUGAAUUGUAAUUGAAAAUACUUUGAAGUGUCUGCUUGUUGCCAUUAGAAUUCGCGAAAAAGUUUUUUGUUUUGUUUUGUGUGCGACACGACUUAUUAGCAAAAGUUUUGUGUGAUCAAUUGAGCUCCUAAUUGAGACUUUUUUUCGGUGCUUAUUCUGAAUCGAAUUGGUUGACACGAUGGCUGACGAAACGGUUCAAUUACCAUCGGAUCAAAGUUUAGACUAUCAUGUGAUUACGUUGUUUCAGCGACUGGAAUCGCUUCGAAAGGAUACAUCGAACAGAUGUAUCGGAUGGAAUAUGCCGCAUUCAAUGCAUCCCAACGCGAAUAUGCAAACGGAAAUUCGAACAUUGGAAUUUUGGAGAUCCAUAAUAGCUGAAUGUUUGGCAUCGUUUCUGUAUGUGUUUAUUGUAUGUGGAGCGGCAGCUGGCGCUGGAGUGGGUGCCAGCGUAUCGUCGGUACUAUUGGCUACAGCAUUGGCAUCGGGAUUUGCAGUAACAACCCUUACACAAUGUUUUUCCCACAUCUCAGGUGCUCACAUUAAUCCCUCCAUAACGUUGGGUAUGGCUGUAAUUAGAGCAAUUUCUCCAUUACGAGCAGCCAUGUACAUAACGGCCCAAUGUGGAGGCGGCAUUGCUGGUGCUGCUCUAUUAUACGGUGUCACCGUACCCGGUUAUCAGGGAAACUUGCAAGCUGCUGUUUCACACAGUGCAGCACUGGCUGCAUGGGAACGUUUCGGUGUUGAGUUUAUUUUAACAUUCGUCGUUGUGCUGGCCUAUUUCAUGUCGACCCAUUCAUACAAGUCGUAUUUCGGUAGUUCGUCAGUGGCUAUUGGUGCUGCGUACAGUGCGUGCAGCUUUGUAUCGAUGCCAUAUUUAAAUCCAGCUCGAUCGUUGGGUCCAUCAUUCGUUCUGAACAAAUGGGACAAUCAUUGGGUGUAUUGGUUUGGCCCAUUAGUCGGUGGCGCCGUUUCAGCAUUGGUGUACGAGUACAUUUUCAAUCCGAAGCGUCACUUUAAGGACAACAAAAACAGCCUGGACAACGAUUCGUCCAGUAUGCAGUCAGAAGAUGAUUUGAACUACGACAUGGACUUGGAAAAGCAGAACAUGCAACAGCAGAAAUUCCAUUCAAACACUUAUCGAUCGUCGGCAGGUGGUGGAGUUUUGAGCCAACAAAGUGCGGGCUAUUGUCAGAGCUUGUAUUCCACUUCGAUUGCGCCAAAGUUUGAUCAUAACGAGCCGUUGUAUGGAGGCACCAGAUCGCUGUACUGUAAAUCACCACCGUUGACCAGAGCUAAUCUGAAUCGGUCUCAAUCGGUCUAUGCUAAAAGUCAGACAGCAAUCAAUCGUGACUUCCCACGGCCUGGACCAUUAGUGCCCGCUCAAAGCCUGUACCCGAUGAGAGUGUCCACACAGAACAGUCACUUGCAAAAUCAAAAUGUUCAAAACCAAUUACAACAACGGUCGGAAAGCAUUUACGGCAUUCGUGGAUCAAUGAAACAGGAACGUCCGCCACAAGAUAGCCAAGCAUUUCAACCAGUUUACGGCACACGUACGGUGACAACAGCAAGUAUUGGUGACGGAUUAUGCAAAUACGAUCGUGAUCCCAGAGAAAUGAGAGAUGAUGGAACGGCAGUCAAAUUCUCGAAUCGAGCCCAUCGACCAGAAUCCAUGUAUGGUGUUACCAGCGGCCAACGACGCGGCCAAUCAACCCAAUCCGAUGACAGUUCAUACGGAUCGUAUCAUGGUCCACCACCAUCAGUAACACCGCCGACACGCAAUCAAAACGGUCAUGCCAUUAACGGUGAUCCUAUGAAUCCCGGCUAUCAGCAAAAUAAAAGUGGAUCAAACCAACCGGAAAGGAAAACAUCGGCAAGUGGGUCGGAGAGACAGGGAUACAAUGGAAAGCCGCCUAGCAGUGGAUCGUCAAUGUCGCAUCCGUAUAGUAUGCAACAAAUGCAAAUGGUGCGACAGACUUAAAUUGUGAGGAGGGUGUCGUUUUUGCAGUAGAACAAAGAGUCUGCAAAUGCAGCUCAUAUGGAGCGUGAGUGUAAAUACAAGGAGUUUAGAUCACAGUUGUGUUCAAGCGUUAAAAUGUUGCGAAUUUUAAACGAUUCUAUUGUAAGUUUCAUACAUUAGAAGUAAAGGAAAUUUAAUGUUAAGCUUUUUGUCUCAUCAAUUUAUGGUUAAGUUAAGAAGAACUGAUGCACAAGAAAAUGUAAAUUAUUGUAACUCAUGUCCAAACGACUGACUCUCAUAAAUAUUUAUUUCAAAAAUAUUUUAAUUUAAGAAUUUUUAAGAAAACAAAAAAAAAUAUUUAAAAAUUUUACAAAAGAUUUUUAUUUUGUAAUGUGCUUUCGAUUGAAUUUUGUUUUGUGAAAUUUAUUUUUAAAGCAAUUUUAAGUCCCUGGAAAUGUAUUUACAAUUUUUCUUAGAAUUUUUUUAUCGAUCAAAUUUUAAGCUUAAGAAUUGUAAACGAUUUUAAAAUGUGUAUUUAAUGGAGAUUGUAAAUUUUUUUUGAAUAAAAUCUAUCAUAGGAAAAC